UGUUUUGACAGUUGGCGGCAUUUUGGAUCACGUUGUGCAGCUGUGGUCAUAUCGAAUGCAGUAGAUGCAUAUCUCUUUGCUCAAUGUUAUUUAAUUGUGAGCGAAAAGUCCGGAAACUGCAGCUAAUUAGCUUUAUGGUGUUAAAACAUUACACAAUUCGUUCAUAAACAGCAAAAACACACACACACUUUAAACAUGUGUUUGUGUUCGUAUGAUUGACACAUACGGCGGCUGUCAAAAAUAUUCUUCCGCGAUGCGCUACACCACGGCCUCAUGUAAUGUAUACGGCAAUAUCGUAAGUGCAGUGUAAAAAAUGUAAUAGCACCGGACGGAAGAAGGACCGUGCACGCUGUGGAAACUGUGGAUUAUUGUGAGAAUUGUGAAAUGUUUCGGUUGUUGUGUGGUGAGCAUUGCUAGCAUACACGGUUACCGUCGAUAACGCUACGCCCGGCUGCAGCUGUACCUUGAGGGAUGGUGUGUGUGCGCCCAACCAGUCAGUCAGCAUAACAUCACUCACCUGCUGGACACAUAAUUGAUUGCAAACGGUGCGUGAGUUGCAGCGGAGUGCAUAAAAGCUAGUACUUGGAAGCACUUAAUAGUUGGGCUGCUAAUCCGGCGAUAUUGUCCCAUGGUACGAUACCCAGUGACCUAGAGCGAUUCAGGCACUCCCCCGUUGGGAGACGUGUGUUGGAAAAGGAAAUGGUUUGCACAGAGAAGGUGCAAAGUACAAACGGGGAUGUGCAAAGGCGUAAACAGUAGUUAACAUAACUCGCACGGCAAAUAGUAUCAAACGUGGGGAAAGAGGCCUGCCCAGCACCUAUCCAUAUUGUGAUUCCUGCUCUAUCGGACGCGCGACAGUAAUCUGCCGACACCUGCUGUACCCUUUCUUCUACGCUAGUGCAACAGCAACAAAACCAAAUCACCUGGCACAUGACCAUGACGUCGCACUGGGAGGAUUUUUAUGCUACACAUCUGCCGCCGAACUGCUUCGAGGACAAUCGAUCCCUGCUGAAGGAAUUCUGCGACCGACACUACAAACUCAAGAGCCACAUCGUGCUGGUUACGUCCGGCGGUACGACUGUUCCAUUGGAGCACAAUACGGUGCGCUUCGUGGAUAACUUCAGUGCCGGCAAUCGUGGAUCCGCCUCGGCCGAGUACUUUCUGGAACAUGGGUAUGCCGUUAUCUUUAUGCAUCGAACCAAAUCACUGGAGCCAUUUUCGCGCCACUUCACCGGCCAGCAGCUGCUCGAUAUGCUGGAAUUGCACGAGGAAGGAAUGAGCACCACAAUCACCGUGAAACCGGACUCGGUCGAUGUGCUGGCGCCGGUACUGGACAAGUACAAGAAUGCCCAAGAAACGCACCGGAUGCUGUACAUCACCUUCACCAGCGUGGUCGACUACAUGUGGCUGCUGCGGGCGGCCUGCGAAUCGUUGGCACCGUUCGAGCGGAACGCGGUACUGUUUCUGGCCGCGGCCGUUUCCGACUUUUACGUGCCGCAGGACGAAAUGCCCACGCACAAGAUACAGUCCGGUCACGGUGCGCCGACGAUAUCGCUCCAGCUGGUGCCGAAGAUGCUGGCCCCGCUCGCCAGCCUCUGGGUGCCGCACGCGUACGUCGUGUCGUUCAAGCUGGAAACGGACGAAGCGCUGCUGAUUGCCAAGUCGCGCGAAAGUCUGAACAAGUACAAGCACAAGCUGGUGAUCGCCAACAUACUGCAGACGCGCAAGAACCGUGUCGUGUUCGUGACGCCCAGCACCAACUAUGAGAUCGUGCUGACGAAGGAUCAGGCCCUGUCCGGGCUGGAGAUCGAGGAACCGAUCGUGGCGGAUGUGGUCCGCCGGCAUCAGGACUACAUCCGGGAGGCAGAGCAGCCGGCCCACCAAUGACCCACCCGUUCGACCCGGCCCUCGCCCAACAGCAGUGGCGGUGGGCCCGGGACGCAGGUCGAUUGUCACGUCACGUUACCGCAUUUCUGCAAAGUGCUAAACCCGGGACGGAAGUAUUAGCUGGGCGAACGGACACGCUGCUUGGUCGGUCGGACACGGUCGAAAAGUGUUAGAUCCCGACAGCGUUAUGGGGGAUGGGAACGUGUUUCAUAUUCUCUCCUAUGUUUGGUUCGCGUUUUCCUUCGCGUGGUUGAUUUGUUCGGUAUAGCGUGUUAUAAGUUAUUUUGUGGAUAGUUUUAUGAGUUCAUUAGUAAACACAUUCCAACGCAGAAGAAUGCCGAAACAAGCAAAACACUUUUAUUGAAAACACCUCCGAAUGUUGCCCUAAAUUGGACGAAAUUGGGUGAUCCUAUCGCGCGAUCUUAUUUAACUGUUUUCAUCACUAGUGGAAGGAAAAGUACGGUCAAAUAAAACACCAGGAUAGAUGUUACUGUUUCUUAA